AUGGGAGACCGGCGCGGGAAGCUCGCGCUUCUAUCUUCCGGCGCGGCAAAACCCAGAGUCUCCAAGGAAGGAAAACUCCGGCUGCGCGUGAUCUUUCUGGAUGACAGCGAGCGUGUCUUUGAAGUCGAGAGACCGGGCGCUCGAGGACUUUUACUGCAUCUCCUCUGCGUGAAGGAUGUGGAGAGGGUUGCGGGAUGCUGCACUGAACUUGAGUUUCGUUCUCCAUCUUUUUACUUUUUUCUUAGUUCUUUCCUUUUUACCUUUCUUUCCUUCUUUCUUUCUUUUCUUCUUCCUUUUAUUGGUCCCAUUGCAUCAAAGCAAAGAAUCCUGGGAUGCGAUUUCUUCAACAAGGUGUGUGGUCACCUUAAACUGCUGGAGAAAGAAUACUUUGGACUUGAGUUUAGACAUCACACUGGCAGCUAUGUGUGGCUGGAGCUUUUAAAACCUCUCACCAAGCAGAUCAAAAGCACCAGCGAUCUGUUCUUCAGAUUCAUCGUCAAGUUCUUCCCUCCAGACCCAGGCCAGCUACAGAGACGACUCACUAGGUACCUGUUUGCACUUCAGAUAAAGCAGGACCUCUCAACAGGCAGUCUGACAUGUAACGACAACAGCGCCGCUCUGCUUGUCUCCCAUAUACUGCAGUCGGAGCUGGGGGACUAUGAGGAAGACGUGGACCGUCACCAUUUAGAGGUGAAACAGUAUGUUCCAAACCAAGAGUACCUGGACCACAAGAUCACAAAGUUCCACAAGAAACACAGGGGCCAAUCUCCAGCGGACUCAGAUAUCCAUUUAUUGGAGGUUGCUAGGAAACUGGACAUGUACGGGAUCCGGCCCCACGCGGCCCACGACGGAGAGGGCAUGAGACUCAACCUGGCUGUCACACACUCUGGAGUGCUGGUGUUCCAGGGGAACACUAAGAUCAAUACAUUCAGCUGGGCCAACAUCCGUAAACUGAGCUUCAAGAGGAAACACUUCCUCAUCAAACUACAUGACAAAAUCGGGCCGUUCCGUAAAGACGCCGUGGAGUUUGCCAUGGCCAGUCGGGACGUGUGUAAGUGGUUCUGGAAGACCUGCGUGGAGUACCACGCCUUCUUCAGACUGGCCGAGGAGCCACGGGCACGAACCAAGACCCUGCUGGCCAGCAAGGGAUCCAGCUUCAGAUACAGUGGGCGGACCCAGAAACAGCUAAUGGAGUGUGUUGGGACAAGAGAGAAGAAACAUAUUUCCUUUGAGAGAUCUUACUCAGACCCCAGACAGUGUCGUUCCUCGCCAGACCUCCUUACUGACGUCUCCAAACAGCUAUACGAACAGUCCCACCCGUUUCCCCAUCCAAGAGGCCACGCCCUCGCUCACAGCGAAGAGGAAGUGGAACGUCAGCAUCAGGAAGUGGCACGGGGCAACCCCACACGCAGCCAGUCGGCCGGCGAAGUGGUCUUCUCUGCGGAGUUCCAGCGGUCCCGCCGCCCGCAAGCUUUCCACGUAUUAACUGCCUCCCCUAAGCAACGGUCCACCUCAGCCUCUGGGGAUAGGAGGGGGAAGGCGGGAGGGCAACGGCAGGAAGGGGUGGGGCAUAGAUUAGGAGGGGGAGGUUACCAUGGAAACAGCCGGGCAAGACGCAGGCCCAAUCCUCCGCCCGCCUCCGACAUGCAGCAGUUGGUCCUCCUGUACCCCAAUAACCCCGCCUACCAGUUCCAUCCAGUCCUUCCUACAUUCCCAUUGGCUAGCUACCCGCAUGGACACGCCUACUUGUCGGACGGCACGGUCGCGUCAUUGGAGCGUCUCCAACAGGUGCGCCGCCUGAACAGCGACUCUUUGGAGGGUUUAAAGCGUCCUCGCUACUCACGCUCUGAUUCGUCAUCGCUGUCGCCAAUCAGGCGAAAUCGCCGGCCACCCGGUCUGGGUUUGGCCAGGUUGUACCAGGGCGGGCUUGCAACCGGAAAUGCAGCCAAGCGAUUGGAUGUCGGGGGAAUAGAGGCAGGGCACUACAGCGAUGACUCAAACUUCCUGCCUGGACUUCCUCGCCGAGCCACCAGCCAACCAGACGUCAAAUUCCCCAGAGUCGUCCCCACCUCCAACCCGGCCUCCGAGUUCCGUCCCCUGGGUUACUACCCCCACCUGUCACGUCACCAGACUCCACAAAGACCCUCCUACCUGCCUCUAAACUCCUCCCCCUUACCGGACCGGCCCGCCUCGCUGUGCGUUCUGGGCGGGGUCAGCGGGAGCUACAGUGACUCUGACCCGGAAGUGUUCUAUCCGUACUACUGCCAGGUGCCUGCUCCGGGAAAAACGCUGCGCUCCAGCGCCCUGGCUAGGAUGAGGUUCUCGUCCGGGAGCUUACAACUGGACGAGGAAGAGGAGGGGCAGGAGGAAGAGGAGGAGAGGUAUAGCAGCGGGGUGGAGGGAAAGCCGAGGAUUACAAAACUGAGACUGUAGAGUAGCGGUGUGUGUGUGUGUUUGAGCGUGUUUGUGCGUUUGUGUGCUUCAGCUUUUAUAGAAAAGGUUAGCUUUGUACAUUGGAUGUAUAGCUUGGAUUUGAACAUUUGGUUACAGAAAUCUGACCAUUUUGGACAACUAUACGAACUCUUAUGAUGUUUCUAAUUGUGUUUUUGGUACAUGUGUAAGUUGAUCUAUUUAAAUAAAGUAUGUACAGUA